AUGAACCCAAAGAAAUGUGCAUUCGGAGUCUCAUCAAGCAAGUUCCUUGGUUUUCAAGUACAUCAGCGUGGCAUAGAUGUGGAUAAAAAAAAACCAGAGCCAUUAUCGUAUAUUCGACGCUUUAUCCCGGGUCUUGCUGCCACCAUGAGUAUCUUUACUCCUUCACUCAAGAAAGGCAAGCCAUACAAGUGGAGCAAGGAGUGUCAGGAGGCCUAUCAGCGAGUGCAGCAAAUAAUCACCAAGCUUCCCACCAUGAGAGCACCCAUUCUGGGACUUCCGCUUAAACUAUAUUUGGCUGCAACAAACACAGCAGUUGGGGCCUUGCUUGCCCAGGACAAUAAUAAUGGAAACGAGAUAGCCAAAGACUGA